AUGCCGUCGAUCGAGGAGCCCAAGCAGAAUGAAGCGCGCUUGCUUCUGGUCUCAAACCGUCUGCCGAUCACCAUCAAACGGUCUGAGGAUGGAAAAUAUGAUUUCUCCAUGUCUUCAGGAGGUCUAGUCAGCGGACUGAGCGGCCUCUCAAAAUCAACCACCUUCCAGUGGUACGGCUGGCCCGGUUUGGAGGUGCCCGAACCAGAGAUCCCGGUCGUCAAGCAGCGUCUCAAGGAUGAAUACGGCGCUGUGCCAGUCUUUAUCGACGACGAACUCGCAGAUCGUCACUACAAUGGCUUCUCUAAUUCCAUCCUUUGGCCUCUGUUCCAUUACCACCCCGGUGAAAUUACCUUCGACGAGUCUGCCUGGGAAGCGUACAAGGAAGCAAACCGUCUCUUUGCAAGGGCUAUUUCCAAGGAAGUGCAGGAUGGUGACCUGAUCUGGGUCCACGACUACCAUCUCAUGCUGCUGCCCGAGAUGCUGCGUGAGGAGAUCGGCGAUAGCAAGAAGAAUGUCAAGAUCGGCUUCUUCUUACAUACACCGUUCCCCAGCAGUGAGAUCUACCGAAUCCUGCCGGUGCGAAAUGAAUUGCUCUUGGGUGUUUUGCACUGCGAUCUUAUUGGCUUCCACACCUACGAUUACACGCGUCAUUUCUUGAGCAGCUGCUCACGUCUAUUGGGUCUCGCAACCACGCCGAACGGUAUUGAGUUCCAGGGCAAGAUCAUCACAUGUGGAGCUUUCCCAAUUGGUAUCGACCCCGAGAAGUUCAAGGAAGGAUUGAAGAAGGAGAAGGUGCAGAAGCGCAUUGCUAUGCUCGAGCAGAAGUUCCAGGGUGUGAAGUUGAUGGUCGGCGUCGACCGUCUUGACUAUAUCAAGGGUGUGCCUCAGAAGUUGCACGCCCUCGAGGUAUUCCUCAGCGACCACCCCGAAUGGGUCGGAAAGGUUGUUCUCGUGCAAGUGGCUGUCCCUAGUCGACAGGACGUCGAGGAGUACCAGAACUUGAGAGCCGUGGUUAAUGAGUUGGUGGGUCGGAUCAAUGGAAAGUUUGGCACCAUCGAGUUCCAGCCUAUCCACUUCCUGCACAAGUCCGUCAACUUCGAUGAACUCAUCGCCCUCUAUGCCGUAUCAGAUGCCUGCAUCGUCUCGUCUACCCGUGAUGGCAUGAACCUGGUGGCCUACGAGUACAUUGCCACCCAACAGAAGCGCCACGGAGUGUUGGUGCUGUCUGAAUUUGCCGGAGCGGCUCAGAGUCUCAAUGGCAGCAUUAUUGUCAACCCCUGGAACACCGAAGAACUGGCCGGUGCCUAUCAAGAGGCUGUUACCAUGAGCGAUGAGCAGCGGGCUCUCAAUUUCGCCAAGCUGGACCGAUAUGUGUCCAAGUACACUAGUGCAUUCUGGGGUCAAUCCUUCGUCACCGAACUCACCCGGAUAUCCGCACACGCUGCCGACAAGUUCCAAUCCAAGAAACUUACUGUGCAUGCAAACAAUGCAAACAUGCUUCCCCGAGAAAUUUCGAAAUCUCAACUCCAAACAUCUCAAGCUCACAACCAUUCGGGGGUUGUCACCAUUACCACAAACCCCUGUCUGCAUCACCUUCUUGAAUCUCCCAUAAUCUCCAAUUUCUUAUUCAAAUCCCACCAAAGGAGUGAAAACCCACCCACCAAACCAACAAUGUCCCGAAGCACUCUCCUCCGGGCAACAAUGCCACUCCGAGCAGCCCUCACGCCUCUGUCCCUGACACGCCCUUCAAUCCUCCAAUCAACCACUUUCCUCCGCAUCACCACCCCUCUCCGCUCCAUCACCACAACCCCAACCACCCCGGAGUCCACCGCGCAAGGAACAGACACACGCGCCCCCUCCCGACUCCGCAACUACGCCUCAACCCUGAAAACUGGCACCGUCGUCUCCGUCGGCCGAAUGGACCGCACUGUCCGCGUCUGCCACCGCCACACAGCCUGGGACCGACACAUCCGCAAGUACUACCCGCAAGAGACGCACUACCUAGUGUCGGACCCGCGGAACUCGCUGCGAGAGGGAGACGUGAUUGAAUUCUCGUCCGGGGCGCCGAAGAGCCGACAUGUGCGUCAUGUUGUUGAGAGGAUUGUUACGCCGUUUGGGGUGGGGAUUAAUGAGAGACCGGCUGUUAUGAGUAAGGAGGAGAGAGAGGCGGAGAGGGAGGAGAGGUGGGCGAAGAAGUAUUUGAGACGGGAGUCGAGGAGGUUGGGGAGGGAGGUGGAUUUGGAGGUGGAGGCGAAGAAGGCGGGCGUUUAUUUGGGGGCUAAUUGGUGGGUUAAGGAGACUUCGGAUGCCAGGUUGAUUCAUCGGAUUCAUGAGGGGAAGGAGAGGGUUGGGAGGGUUAAGGGGAUUGUACAGGAGAGGACUUAG